AUCUACAUAACUGGAUUCAACAAUGUGGUCAAUUGCGCAAGGCGUAAUACAAUUUAGGCUACCUGGAACGCUACUAUUGUCCAAUCUGUCUGCACGAGGGAAUGUCGCUCUGGCUGUCAUCCUUCCCUGGAGCUGUCAGUUGACAGUACAACACCGAGCCGAAAGCAUCGUAGAAAAGAACACAGUUUUGAUAAAACGUAGGUUUUAGAUUUCUUAUCUUUGGCACUGGAACGGUUGGGCCACUGUCAUAUUUCGAGGCUGACCAACAAACGCGUAGGAGGGAGAAAAACCAAAAGGACUGAAUAGCUAGCUAGUUGCUAGUUAGCAAGCUAACGACCGUUAGCUUUGGCCAGUGCUGCCACUGCUCUGCUAAAGCGUUCGGUAGGAGUGUGCAGAACCAGUAGGCAGGCGAGCUGCGUUGGCAUUUUAGUGUAGUUGGUUGGAAAAAUGAUUGCUACGGUUGCAUUAACAUUUUUCUUUUAUUUCACCAUUGCGGUAUUAGCUUUCUAAAUGUUUUGCCUGGAUGCGUCCAGUCAGUAGCUUGGUUAGCCAGAGAGCAAUGCUAAGUGACGACGUCGACUCAGUGAGGCUGUAGUGUCGGGGGUGAGGAGUUUGAGGAAGGAAGAGGUGACUUACAAUGUUGGGGGGAAGUGUUGGGUUAAUGAGCUAGUGGUGCGUUAGCUGACAGUGAAGGAAAUAACGUUAAUAUUUUACAAUACAUUAUCAACGACCGUCAUUUCGUUAACAGCUAACUAAAAGCUAAUGCAAAUUAGAGAGGCUAGGUAAUACAGAAAAUACUGUUGUUUUCGGCUUGCUCGCAAGCUAAAUGCAGAGGGAGGGUGAUCAUUGAGUGGCUACUCUCUCAGCUCCAUUAAUAACUGUCACUGACAGUGAUAUCCAGCCUAUUUCACAUAACUAAAGAUGGCUACAGCGAGCAGCAUUGCCGCAUCUAUUGCGAGCAAGACGAAGACGAAGAAGAAACACUUCGUGGCUCAGAAAGUGAAGCUUUUCCGAGCCAGUGACCCUCUGCUCAGCGUCCUUAUGUGGGGAGUCAACCAUUCGAUCAAUGAGUUGAGCCAUGUUCAGAUCCCUAUCAUGCUGAUGCCUGAUGACUUCAAGGCCUACUCUAAGAUCAAGGUGGACAAUCACCUCUUCAACAAGGAAAACAUGCCGAGCCAUUUCAAGUUUAAGGAGUACUGUCCUCUGGUGUUCCGCAACCUUAGAGAACGUUUUGGCAUCGACGACCAGGAUUUCCAGAACUCCCUAACCCGUGCAGCUCCGUUAAACAGUGAUUCCCAGGGUCGGAGUGGGGCUCGCUUCCACACCUCCUACGACAAACGCUAUGUCAUCAAAACAAUCACCAGUGAGGAUGUGGCUGAGAUGCACAACAUCCUCAAGAAGUACCACCAGUUCAUAGUGGAGUGUCAUGGCAACACGCUGCUGCCUCAGUUCCUGGGGAUGUACCGCCUCACAGUGGACGGAGACGAGACCUACAUGAUCGUCACCAGGAAUGUCUUCUCCCACCGCCUCUCUGUCUACAAAAAAUAUGACCUCAAGGGCUCCACUGUGGCCAGGGAGGCCAGCGACAAGGAGAAGCAGCCACGCCCUCCUGAGGAUGCGCCACCGCGGCCCAAAUCUAACGUUCAGCAAAGGCUGCAAACGCUGCGGAUCGCCACGCGCUUUUACUGCGCCAUGAAACACGUAAGAGACGCCAAGGAGCUGCCCACCUACAAGGACAACGACUUCAUCAACGAUGGACAGAAGAUCUACAUUGACGAUGACAACAAGAAGAUGUUCCUGGAGAAACUACGUAAAGACGUGGAGUUCCUGGCCCAGUUGAAGCUGAUGGACUACAGUCUGCUGGUAGGGAUCCAUGACGUGGAGCGGGCUGAGCAGGAGGAAGUGGAGAGUGAGGAUAACGAGGGGGAUGAUGAGGGGGAGAGUGACGGAGGGAUUGGCACGCCCCCGGACUCCCCCAGUAACACCCUGGACAGCACCAAGCCCCUGUCCCCGGGGGAGUUUGACCCCACCAUAGACGUCUAUGCCAUCAAGAGCAACGACAGUGCUCCUAGGAAGGAGGUGUACUUCAUGGCGGUCAUUGACAUUCUGCAGCAUUACGAUGCCAAGAAGAAGGCUGCUCAUGCUGCUAAGACCGUCAAACAUGGGGCGGGAGCUGAAAUCUCCACGGUAAACCCAGAGCAGUACUCCAAGAGGUUCUACGACUUCAUCACCACCAUUCUCUCAUAGCCCCCAGGGGAAGGGGAGGGGGCACUUAGGGAGAGGAGGGAUGGAGGAAAGCAAAUGGUGAGGGUGGGGUAUUGCGCUCCAUCUCUCCGCCAACAAGGGUGUCCCUCUCAGCAGCUAAUACCAUCAUUCGUUUACAUUCAUAUUCUCCGCUGUUACAUUGAACAGGAGAACUGCUAUUCUAGGUUCUAGUCCGUACUUUUUUAUUAGUUUGUUUUGUUUACUUUGGGAAUGUUUAUUUGUUUUUUUUACUGCCUCUUAACACCACGUCCUCAACCUGCAUUGUUUUUGUUUGUUUGUUCUGCAUUCCUGUUUGGGGGGGGUUAAAAUGAGGAUGAACAGGGCUGUGAUUGGAAAGCAAUAGUGCGGUCACUCGGAGUAAAUAGUAUAGGAUGAAGUGCUCGUCUUCAGGAAGUAUGAAGCAGUCUUCCAGUAGGCCUUCAGCCAGACCAUCCAAUCGCCAUUUAGUACAGCCCUGCCCCAGCCAAAGCUACUUUCCUAUUUGUCCCAUCAUCCAUCACUUUCCCGUUAAACCCUCCUCCUGGCAGUGGAUGUUACUCCUCCAUUUUCACCUUACACUGCUAUCCUCCUGUCACACACACUGCUCUCCUCUACCCCUCCCUCCAUAUACAAGAUAAGUUAAGAUGAGUUGUGUUUAGUAAGACAGGGAGCUGGUCAGUAGGGCUGUGUUUAAUAAGACCGGGAGCUGGUCAGUAGGGCUGUGUUUAAUAAGAUGGGGAGCUGGUCAGUAGGGCUGUGUUUAAUAAGACGGAGAGCUGGUCAGUAGAGCUGUGUUUAAUAAGACGGGGAGCUGGUCAGUAGGGCUGUGUUUAAUAAGACAGGGAGCUGGUCAGUAGGGCUGUGUUUAAUAAGACGGGGAGCUGGUCAGUAGGGCUGUGUUUAAUAAGACGGGGAGCUGGUCAGUAGGGCUGUGUUUAAUAAGACGGGGAGCUGGUCAGUAGAGCUGUGUUUAGUAAGACGGGGAGCUGGUCAGUAGGGCUGUGUUUAGUAAGACGGGGAGCUGGUCAGUAGGGCUGUGUUUAGUAAGACGGGGAGCUGGUCAGUAGGGCUGUGUUUAGUAAGACGGGGAGCUGGUCAGUAGGGCUGUGUUUAAUAAGACGGGGAGCUGGUCAGUAGAGCUGUGUUUAGUAAGACGGGGAGCUGGUCAGUAGGGCUGUGUUUAGUAAGACGGGGAGCUGGUCAGUAGAGCUGUGUUUAGUAAGACGGGGAGCUGGUCAGUAGGGCUGUGUUUAGUAAGACGGGGAGCUGGUCAGUAGGGCUGUGUUUAGUAAGACGGGGAGCUGGUCAGUAGGGCUGUGUUUAAUAAGACUGGGAGCUGGUCAGUAGGGCUGUGUUUAAUAAGACUGGGAGCUGGUCAGUAGGGCUGUGUUUAGUAAGACGGGGAGCUGGUCAGUAGAGCUGUGUUUAGUAAGACGGGGAGCUGGUCAGUAGGGCUGUGUUUAGUAAGACGGGGAGCUGGUCAGUAGGGCUGUGUUUAGUAAGACUGGGAGCUGGUCAGUAGGGCUGUGUUUAAUAAGACAGGGAGCUAGUCAGUAGAGCUGUGUGUGAUUUAUGACAUCACUGACUGAUCUGGUUUGUCUCAUUCUGGAUAGUUACCAGGAAGUUGGUGUGUGACUUCCUGUGGGAAAGGGCAGGGCGGCGGUGUGAUCCUUCAUGGACCUUUUGAUCCCGCAUUGCCAUCAGCACCUUAAACAAAUCAUUGCACUUUUAUGUUGUUAAACAUAGGAUUUUUUUGUUCUGUUACAUGUGCUGCAACAAAAGCACUGUUUGAAGCUAUCGAACUGUGCCCCAAGAUUUUUGAUGGGGUGUAGUAGGGAUGAGGGAAAGUGUCUUGGCUGUAAGGCACUAGGGAGUAGGAGGGACUACAGGUGGGUUUGGCACAGGGUCUAAAUGUAGUGAGCAGCAGAGAGAGAGGGGUGUGUUCAGGACAGACAGCCCAGUGUUUACCUCUGGCAUCAUACCUGCCUGAACCAGAGUCUUAGCCACAUCUGUCUGUCUCAGGUCUCCAACCCCGGCCCUGAAGAGGUCCUGGGUAUGCAGGCUUUUACUCCAGCCCAGCACUAGCACACCUGAUUCAGCUAAUUUUGGUCCAGACUGAAGACCUUGAUUAGUUGGUUAUUUGAAUCUGUACGUGUAGUUAUGGAUCCCCAUUAGCUGCUGCCAAGGCACCAGCUAAUCUUCCUGGGGUCUGUCAAAAUUAAGGCAGUUAUACAAUUUUAAAAACAUUACAAUACAUUCAUAAGAGAUUUACAACACACUGUGUGCCCUCAGGCCCCUACUCCACUACCACAUAUCUACCAAACAAAAUCCAUGUGUACAAUUAUGUGUAAUGCGUAUGAAUAUGUCUGCGCUUAUGUUUGUGUUGCUUCAGGCAUUUUAAAGCUGGGCUGGAACAAAAGCCUGCACACCCAGUAGCUCUCCAGGUACCGGAGUUGGAAAACCCUGAGACAUACAAAGAUCUCUACAUAUGGUUCAGGCCUGAAUCGGACAUGUUUCAGGUUUUCGUGAAAGAGGGAGAAGGGGAGGGUGGGGAAGAGGUGCUGGGUUGUAGAAAAAUAUGCUUUUGUUUAAGUGGUGACGUCAUGCCAACCUGUCAGCCUCUCCUUUUAACAUUUGUCUGUUAUUCAGACUUGUUGGUGUUUUUGAAAGGUUGUUUAUCUCUGAAUUUGGCAGGUUUGAAUUUACUUGGUAAAUUUGUAUAUUUUGCACAAAAAGGAACCAAAUGUUAUGCAUCCGAUCCUGACUGGUUGCUGUGGUCUUAACAAGGGAAACACAAUAUCAUUAUACCUGUACCAGAACCAUAUACACACUGAGUGUACAAAACAUUAGGAACUCCUACCUAAUAUUGUGUUUCACCCCCUUUUCCAUCAGGGCAUGGACUUGACAAGGUGUCGAAAGCGUUCUACAGGGAUGUUGGCCCAUGUUGACUCAGACUUCCCACAGUUAUCAAGUUGGCCGGAAGUCCUUUUAGUGGGGGACCAUUCUUGAUACACACAGGAAACUGUUGAGCAUUUAAAACCUAGCAGCAUUGCAGUUAUUGACACAAACUGGUGCGCCUGGCACUUACUACCAUACCCCGUUCAAAAGGCACUUAAAUCUUUUGUCUUGCCCAUUCACCCUCUGAAUGGCACACAUGCACAAUCCAUGUAUCAAGGCUUAAAGAUCCUUCAUUAACCUGUCUCCUCCCUUUCAUCCACCCUGAUUUGAAGUGGAUUUAACAGGUGACAUCAAUAAGGGAUCAUAGUGUUCACCUGGUCAGUAUGUUAUGGAAAGAGCAGGUGUUCCUAAUGUUUUGUACACAGUGUAUACUGUUUGACUCUCUCUAUAUAUAUAUAUGGCUCUGACUUGUACCAAGUGAGAAGAGUCUGUGGUGUUUUAUCUGUGAUUGGUAACCAACUAAAACCAGUAACAUUGUCCUCUACUAUUCUAUCACAAGCAAAAAGCUUCCAUAUUGUUUUAGAUGCAUAGAUUAUAUUCACAUAUAUUUUUACAUUCAUUGCAUUUAAGUCAUUAAAUAUAAUUGUAUUUUAAAGCACCACCCUUUGAGUGAAUGACAGUGUUGGGUUAUAUGAAGAAUGAUACUGCUUGAAUUUGUACAAUGCUUGUACGUACUGUAAAAACAAAACAAAUGCAUGUUGCAGGAAUAUGCUUUCUUCCUCCUAUGUCUUGGCUGUUUAGAUCCAUUGUAGCUCUCCUAGACUUAACCCCAUCUGAGUCUCUCCUUACCAUGCUUUAAACUGUAUUUGUAUCAUAUACACUGUGUAAGAGGUGUGCCUUUAUACUCCAAAUUAUUUACAUUUUUACCUUUUUUUUAAAAACUUUUUGUUUAUAAAGUUUAUUUUAAUAAUAGGGUGGUUACUUUGAGAUGUAUCCUCAGUUUUAUUUUCCAUCUUUUCUCCUUCCCUGUGUAGUAGGUGUUUUCAAUCUAUUAUUGUUAUGGAGUCAAAUUGACAAUUUUAUUGACUUUGACAUUUUAGUUUUGUUUGAAAACUCAGUCUCUGUGGUAAUUUUAUGGGUAGAAUAUUGUCAUUAGGCACUGAUCCAGUGUACCUUCCCCAAAUCCUAACCUUGCCAUUUGGGGGGAAACUGCAAAUCUGAACAUAGAUCAGUGUCUAGGGACAAUGUCUACCUCUUCCCUGGUGUGGAGAUGGCAUCUAUGCUGAUGUUAACCCUUCGUUCCUCGCUGCUUCUGUCUCAGUAAAGACCUUUUUUGUUUGUG